AAUGUCGCAAAUGGCUGUUAAUGAGGCUAAAAAAAAUCUGCGACCUGAGUUGAAGAAGAGAAUCGCAACCAUGACAGAUGAAGCAAAAAGAACGGAAUCUACUGUUCUAUCUCGCAAGGUUCUUCAAAAAAAGGAGUACAAAUCAAGCAAGCGAAUUUCAGUUUAUCAAAAAAAACCCUCAGAAGUUCAAACCAAAGGAAUUUUGAAGGAGCUUUUCCACGAAAAGAAGGAAUGUUUUAUUCCACGAUAUAUUGGUCCAAACAUGGAUAUGGUUAAACUGCACUCCAUGGAGGACAUGAUAUCCUUACCAGUUACUUCCUGGAACAUACAGCAGCCUGCAGAGGAUGAUGAAAGAGAAGAAGCCAAAAAAAAAGGUGGACUGGAUCUCAUCGUCGUUCCAGGACUCUCUUUUUAAAAAAAUGGCCUCCGUCUUGGCAGAGGAAAGGAAAAAAAUGACUCGUACAUCAUGAGGUGCAUCGAAACGUGCAAAAAAAAGCCGCUUUUGGUCGGUUUGGAAAAAAAUACUCAGAUCUGCGACGACCUCCCUGUUACAGAAAGAGACAUGCCAUUGGAUCACGUGAUCACGAGUGAACCAGCUUAAAAAAAUGGCGACUUCUGAGUAAUGACAUUAAUGACCCAAGAAAAAAAAAAAAAAAGACAAUCACACAAAAAAAUUA